UGUGUUACCGCUGCUGCGCUGUUGUAGCCUAGUGUCAACCUACGCCGAACGAGAGACGACGAAGAAGAAGAAAAAGACAUACCCCCCACCCCCAACACACACCUCCUACCUCCAGCUUCCUGGCUGCUUCCAAUUGGCCUCUCCGCCCCUCCUGGGCGGGCGUCAUUGGCUUCCAGCCUUGCCAGUCAGCGUCGCCCUCCUUCCCCAGCCUUGAGUUGUGUGGAGAGCAGCAGCAGCAGCAACAGCUCGGAAACAUCUGGCCGCCGCAGAGUGCUCGACUCCCCGCGUCCCUGCCCUGCCUGCCCGCGCACGUCCGUCCUCGACAGCCUGUUAUGGAAAUGAGCCCAAAGUCCGUCUAGUCGACUGGGGGAAGACACGGAGGAGACGGCGCACCGUGCUGCCUGUUAUGAGGACAGCAGGAUGGAGUUCCCCGACCACAGCAGACAUUUACUCCAGUGUCUGAGCGAGCAGAGGCACCAGGGCUUCCUGUGUGACUCCACGGUUCUGGUGGGCGAUGCCCAGUUUCGAGCGCACCGCGCCGUCCUGGCCUCGUGCAGCAUGUACUUCCACCUCUUCUAUAAAGACCAGCUGGACAAGCGGGACGUGGUGCACCUCAACAGCGACAUUGUGACGGCGCCUGCAUUCUCCCUGCUGCUGGAGUUCAUGUACGAGGGCAAGCUGCAGUUCCAGGAUCUCCCCGUAGAGGACGUGCUGGCCGCCGCAUCCUACCUGCACAUGUACGACAUUGUCAAGGUGUGCAAGAAGCGGCUGAAGCAGAAGGCCACGGCGGAGGCAGACAGCACGCGCAGGGAGGACGACGGCGGCUCCAGUUGCUCCGACAAGGCAGACAGUCUCUCGGACGGCUCCACAGGGCGACCCGCCACCGCUGACCUGCUGCACAGUGAUGAAGAGGAAGAGGGGAAGACUGAAGGAGGACCGGGGCUGUGGUUGAGGCUGCCGUCUGCCGACAGACCGGGGACGCCGGCCAUGGCCACGACCAGCCCGGGUCACUGUGAGGCGGAGCCGCAGGCCGGCGAGGGGCUGGCAGAAGGCACCAAGCUGCUGUCCCCGGCUGGAAGCCCCUCUAGCUCCACCGGAUCUCUCUCCCAGAAGUCUCACCGCUCUGCAGGCUCCCGAGGACACCGUGGCAGGCGGGUGUCCAACGACGCCGCUGACUGCGUCCUGGACCUGUCAGUCAAACCGACAGCUGGCAGUAACCACAGCAACCACCACCCGACAUUUUUCAGUGGUGCAGCCACGCCAGACAGCCUGCAAAGCCCGUUGGCGGUGAGGGUGAAGGUGGAGAGGGGUGUGGCUUCAGACGAGGAUGAGGACCUAGGGGGUGGGGACUAUGAGAUGGAACACAGCGGCAUCGCCAAGGCUACGGCUCCCAGCGCCAACGGAGGCUUGACCCACCAUGGGGUCGGGGGUCCUCUGUCGGUCCAGAGGAGGCUCGGUUUGGAGGCACACCUGUCGGCCCUCCGAGAGGCGUCGCUGGCGUCCGAGCUGGAUCGCGAUGAGAAGGCCCCCUCUGCCACAGACAACGAGGACAUACUCGGUGGCGAGAGCGAGCGAGCCCAGGCAGAGGCGGCCAGCAUGGACAGCACGCUGCUGCCGUACGUGUCCAACAUGCUGUCGACGCCGCACACGCAGAUCUUCAUGUGCCCGCUGUGCAACAAGGUGUUCCCCUCGCCGCACAUCCUGCAGCUCCACCUCAGCUCCCACUUCAGGGAACAGGAGGGCAUCCGCUCCAAGCCUGCUGGCGACGUCAACGUGCCCACGUGCACCAUCUGCAGCAAGACCUUCUCCUGCAUGUACACGCUCAAGCGCCAUGAGCGCACACACUCCGGCGAGAAGCCUUACACCUGCACCACCUGCGGCAAGAGCUUCCAGUACUCACACAACCUUAGCCGCCACGCCGUGGUGCACACGCGCGAGAAGCCGCACGCCUGCAAGUGGUGCGAGCGCCGCUUCACGCAGUCGGGGGACCUCUACCGGCACAUCCGCAAGUUCCACUGCGAACUGGUCAACUCGCUGUCGGUCAAGAGCGAGCCGCUGGCGCUGCCCAACGUCAGGGACUGGGCCAUCGAGGACAGCUCGCAGGAACUGUGGAAGUAGUGGCGCGCUAGUGAAGUCCUUUUCAACAUUUAGGGGGUUGUUUAAUGAGUCAUGUUCUUGUUUGUUGCAAAAAUCUCAUUCAAUUGCACUUUAAUAGCACAUGAAAAUGUUACUACUGAGUUCUUCAUCAAGUAAAGGGGGUUUUGGUUUUAUUCUGGAUUUUUAUUCAGAGAAAGUUCAGAGAAGGUCGUGCCUGUUUUGAAGGUUGUUUUUUUUAAUGGUAUUAUUUAACUUCUUGUGUUUCAUUUCACAACACUCCGACUCGGACAGACGCCAUGCUCCACAAGAAAACAAGCAUCACGAUACGCUAAACGGGUAUCAUGAUACCGCCGCACACACUUUGAAGAAGCGUGUGUGUGUGUGUCUGUGUGUGUCUGUAUGUGCACGUAUGUGAGUGUGUGUGUGUGUUAAUUAGAUGUUCCACUGGCACGGAGGCGCAGCUAGCGCCGUGGUGCGUUCAGGGCGAGUCGAACGACUGACAAACUGAUGGCACUCAUGCAAUGCACAGCCUCCUUUUUAUUUUUGAUUAUUUUAUUCACUUCCAAUCAAUUUGAAGUAUUUUCUAAAAAAUUUACAAAUUAUUCUAAUUAUUAUUAUUGUUAUUAAUUAUGAAUGAAUAGAUUUGUUUUUUCUGGCAUCUAGCUGGCAGUCUUUUUAAACAUUGUUGGAGAAGUAUUUAAUUUAAGGUUGUUGUAUAUUGUUCUGCUAUAGUUUUAAUUCUUUUUUAAUUAUUAUAAUUAUGAAUAAUUUCAUUUUGUUACAGUUCUGAUUUUAUUUUAUUUUUUUUUUUGGUAACGGGACCUGCUGUUGCUGCAUGACGUCCAGACUUGUAUAUUUAAAAAAAAGAAAUGUGAAUUUGCUGUGUUACUGUACACAUAGUUAUUGAUCAAAUAUUUGACAAUGGGCUCCUUUUUUUUUUUUUUUUUAGCAAAAAAAAAUCCCAUUAUUUUCUUUGUGAAUACUACUCCAGAGUGACGUCUGUUGCAAACCUGACUAUGGUGGCUGGGGAGUGGUAUGCAUGGAUUUAAUUUAUUAUUAUUUUUUUUUUAGUCAUUUGUCUUAAAACAUUGGGGGGAAUUUAGCUUGACAGUGAAAAGGUUUCGCGGGAAUGCGAUGACGCUUUUGAAGCCUGUGUCUAUGUGCACUGAGUGUUUGUGUGUGUGUGUGUGUGUGUCUGGUCACCAGUCAGUACUGAAGUUUUUCAUCCUCCCCGCUUCUUCAGUUUUAUGUUGUGUCCCUGGCCUUCUCGGAGGGCUCUGCCGGUCUGACGAGGACGGUCACAUGACACCAACAUGGCCGAAGGAUGAGAAUCGGGGGGUGGGGUGGGACUGUCCUGCUGAAAAAGUAGAAGGGUCAGACAUGUUUAAUGUGUGUGUGUGUGAAAGCACCUUUUUAAGCUAACAAAAAAAAAAAAAGACAUGAAAAUGAGAUGUUUGCUGGAAAAGAUGCCUUCAACUUCAACAUUUGUGACUGACAAAUGUCAUCUUGGGAUCAAAACUAGUUUUCAAAAAUUAUUUGUGAAUGUUGGUUUUUACGUUGAAUUCAAGUGGUGUGGAAAGAUUUUCAAAGAAAUGGUCAAGCGUUAAUACAAUCCAAAAAAAAGGACUUGCUGAACGCUCCACAGCCCUCAGAGAUGUGUGUGUGUGUGUGUGUGUGUGUGUGUCCUCCCCAUCCAUGCAUCCAUCCUGCUGCAGUUUGCAUCAUCACUACUGCUUUUUUUUCUUCUAAUAUAUUUCUGGUUGUACUUGACCGCCUUAAACUGCUGUAGUCCAGGCUGAUUAUUCCUCUUUUUGUUUUAUUUUUAUUUAAUUCUACUUGUAAUAAUUUAUUUCCGAAGCAUGAGUGGUGUCAAGCGCUCUGGAGGCUGUGAACUAUAUAACCACACUCAUCUUUCUUUCUUUUUUUUUUUUUUUUUGCUGUGUUUACUUGAAAAAUAAGUGUGUGUGUUGGGGGGGGGGGGAAGAGUUGUUUUAAUUUUAAGUAAAAUAUAAAAAUGUCUUAGACAGUUUGUGGGUGUAGAAGGGGAGGUGGGCGGGUUUUAAAAAUGACUUUUUUCGAUUAAAAAAAGACAAUCACCAUCAAACAAGCAGAUUUCUUCAGAUAUAUUUGCUCCCCGUUGAGAUUAAAUACUUUCUUUUAGCUUCUGUUGUUUUUUGUUUUGUUUUUUUCAAAAAUUUCAGUCAGAUUUAGUCAUUUUUAGCUUUGACAAUCAUAGUUUGACUUUUUUUGUGGUGGUUGUUUUUCUCAAGGGGAGUGAAUUUGAAUUGUGUUUAGUUUUGUAAUUUCCGGUGUGCUGUUGUUGACAUUUUUUAAUUGUGUGCAAACUGCAAUAAAUUAUAAGACUCUUGACAAUGGA